AUGGGCGAGGUACUGGGCUACGGCUCGGUUGUGUUCGCGCAGAUCCGGUGGCUCAUCUCCAACCUCAACCGCAAGAACCAGAAGGCCACCGUCUCAGAGCUGCACAAUCUUCUCGGCGCGUACGGCGAGUCAGCGUUUGCCUUCACCGUGCGCUGCCUGGUGGAGGAGGUGGACUUUCGCGCCGCCGCGCAGGCGGCGCUCAAGGUCCAGCUGCUCGCGCAAGAGUUCGCCAAGCUCGUCACGCGGCCCAACGCCACGUCCCUCAUCGGCGACGCGAUUGGCGGCGCCUCUCUGGCCGCGGCCGCACCCCUCACUGAGGAGUGGCUCGCCCUCUUCGCCAAGGCGGUACGCGCGACGGUGGCGCAGCAGCUGGCGCUGGGGCUCGCCAUCGCGCAGCUCUCCGACGAGGAGAAGGCCGCCGAGGGCGACAAGUUCCUGCGCGCGCGCCUGGCGGAGCUCACCCGCGCCGCGGCCGGCGCGCUGCCCGACGCGCUCGCGCACGCGCUGCUCUACUUCCUCGGCGACCCGGCGGACAAGGCGCGCGCGGCGCUGGUCAGGCUCCUCCAGGCCGUGCACCCCGAGGAGAACGCGCCGCUGACGCUGCUGCCGCUGCUCUACAGCGGCGUGGGCGGCGAGCAGGCGGCGGCGGCGGCAGACCCUUCCGACUUGGACUCGCGGCUGUCCUACCAGGACGGGCGCGGGCCGCCGCCGUCCGACGCGGUGCCGGCGCUGGCGGCGGACGCGACCGAGCUCGCCGAGCUGAUGCGCGAUUUGGGCUACUCGUGCUGCGCCUCGCGCGCCGCCGUCGUCGAGCUCGUCUCGCAGCUGACGGGCGCGGACGGCGCGCUGCCCGGCGCAGAGGGGUCUGUCGCGGCGGCCAUCUGCAUGAUGGCGUCGACGGCGGCGUCGCUCGACGACUCGCUCUCGCUGCACGGCCCCUUCUCCACAGCCGUCUCGGGCAAGUACCUCGAGUUCGACGCCAAGUUCGACGAGGACAGCGCCGCCGACGCGCAGGCGCUCACGGCGUGGGGCGUCGAGGCGUUUGUCGGCGGCGUUAGCGAGGCACUGCCGUCGCUGCGGUGGGGCGGCGUCUUCGAGGCGCUCGACCAGCCGACGUGGGCCGCCAAUGGGCCCGGCGCGGACGGCUUCGCGCUGCUCGUCGCGCUGCACCGCCGCGCGUGCAGCGGACCGCUCCCCGCCGGAGCGCUGCUCGGCGGCUGGACGCACUCGGGCGCGCAGCUGCGGCUGCUCGCGCACGCGGUCGGCGCGGCCGCCGACGCGGUCGCGUGGGGCGACGCCGCCGCGCCGCUGGUCUCGCCCGCGCCCGACGGGACGAGCAAGCCCGGCAUCGCGCCGUGGCUCUCGCUCCGGCUGACCGAGUCGCUGCUCCACCUCUCGGCGUCCGGCUACCACGCCGAGGCGCGCGCGCUCUUCGCGGCGCCGCUCUCCGCGGCGCCGCAGCUGCUGCUCGCGGCGCUGCUGACGCACAGCGGCGCGCGCGCGGGCGCGGCGGACGAGGCGCCGCUGCAGCGGGAGCUGCUCGACGGCCUCUUCCCGCUCUUCCUCGGCGGCGACUCGCCCGGGUCGGCCGCGCUGCUGCAGCGGCUGUGGGAGGCGCAACCAUACGCGGUGAUGCGCGGGAUGGCGGCGCUGCACCGCGCGCAGCCGCAGUCCAUCCUGCGGCUGCUCGACCUGGCGACGUCCUUCAACGCGCUCGAGAAGGUUCUCACGCUCGGCGCAUACUCGUUCACCAUCGACCUCGCCGCGUGCGCGCAGCGCAAGGAGCUCAUCGACUUCGAGCCGUGGCUGCACUCGUGCCUGCGCCGCGACCCGGAGCACGCCUUUGUGCGCGCCUGCGCGUCGUACCUUCGCGAGAAGCUGCUGCCCGGCUCGGCGACGAACCUCGCGCGCGCGGCGGCCACGUCCAAUGUGAACGUCCUCUCCGUCGAUGCCGCCGCCAUCAUCUUCCGCGUCCUCACUUCGCUGACGCCGACGCUGCCGCCCACGCUCGCCGCCGACCUGCACGACUUGCACACGCAGUGCGUGCACGCAAAGCCAAAGCUAGGCGCGCUCCUGGCGGGCAGCGGCGGCGCCGCCGCAUCUGCGUCCGACAGCAAGCCGCCGGGGAUCGGCCUCGGCGCGGCCAACCCCGCCGCGCCCUCUGCGGCCGCUGACGGCGCGGCCGAGAACGGUGCGCCGGCGAGCGAGGCGACCGUGACGCUCAGCCUCGCUUACGAGUCCGCCGUCGCGUCGCGCGCCGCGUUUGACGCCGCCUUCCGGCAGGACGUGGCGGCGUCGCUCGGCGUGGGCGAGAGCGCGGUCGCCGUCAUCGCCGUCUCGGCCGGUUCCACCGUCGUCGACUUCAGCGCCGCCGGCGCCGGCGACGUGGCGGGCAGGCUGCGCGACAGCGGCUUCACGACGCCGCAUCUCACCCGCUUCAACGGCGGCGCGCCCGUCGCCGCCACGGCGAUCACGAGCCGCGGCGCCGGCGGCGCGCCGUCGGCCGCGGCGCCCGCCCCCGCCGACGCGGGAUCGCUCGACUUCGGGCCGGGCAUGUCGCUGCCGGCGGGGCUGACGGACGAGCCCGCCGCGGGCGCGCCCGCGGGCGGCGCCGCUGCGGGCGCGCCGCUCCCCGGCAUGCCGGGCGGCGAGGCGACGAGCUUCCCGCCCGAGAUCGAGGAGAUUGCAAACUCUUACUUCCAAAAGAUCUACUCGGACGCCGCCUCGAUCGACGAGAUCAUCGGCGUGCUCAAGGCCUUCCAGGCGGCGCCCGCGCAGUCGCGCGAGCAAAAGGUGUACGUGUGCAUGGUGCACAACCUGUUUGACGAGUACAAGUACUUCCCAAAGUACCCGGACAAGCCGCUCCGCACCACGGCGGUGCUCUUCGGCGCCCUCGUGCAGCACGGCCUCGUCUCGCACAUCACGCUCGGCCUCUUCUUGCGCUACGUGCUCGAGGCGCUCAAGAAGCCGCCGCUCUCAAAGAUGUCCAAGUUUGGCAUCACCGCGCUCGAGCAGUUCAAGCCGCGCCUCGCCGAGUGGCCGCAGUACUGCCAGCUCCUCCUCGCCAUCCCGCAGCUGCCGCAACUCGCCCCCGAGCUGCCUCUCUUCCUCGAGGCGCAGCUCGCCGCCACCGGCGCCGUGGCGAGCGCGCCGCCGCCGCUCGCCGACCCCUCGCCCGCCGCUGCGCUCGGCACGCCUGUCGACGUGUCGGGCCCGCCCGUGGCCGAGGUCGCGCCCGCGCCCGGCGCGCUCGCCGGCCUCGCCGGCGCGCUCGGGCUCGGCGCCGCCCCCGCCGCGUCCGCGCCGGCGUCGGCGCUCCCCGCCGCGCUGCAGCCCGGCGCGGGCGCUGCGGCGCCGCAGUCGGCGCUGCAGGUCAACAGCCCCGUCUUCGGGCCCGCGUCGGGGACCCCGCCCGCCCCGGCGGCGGCGGCGGCGGCGGAGCUUCCGGCGGUAUCGAUGGGAUCGCUAGGCGUCGGCGGCUUCGGGCGCGAGGGCUGCAUCGAGACGCUCAUGUCCUCGACCAGCUCAGCAGAGGUUGCGCCUCCGCCGGACGCGGUGCAGGACCGGAUCGGCUUCGUGCUCAACAACAUGGGGCAGGGCAACCUGCCCGCAAAGGCGGCGGAGCUGAUGGAGGCGAUCGAGUCGCACGACAGCUCCGUGCCGUGGUUCGCAAACUACCUCGUCGUGCGGCGGGUGGCGCUCGAGCCAAACUUCCACACUUUGUACGCCGCGAUGCUGCACGAGCUGUCGUUGCCGCCGCUCUACCGCGCCAUCCUCGAGGCGACGCUGCAGAACGCGCGCGUGCUGCUCUCGUCGCAGAAGAUCCGCUCGAGCUCGUCCGAGCGCUCCCUGCUCAAGAACCUCGGUUCGUGGCUCGGCUCCAUCACGCUCGGCCGCAACAAGCCGCUGCUGAUGAAGGACAUCGACCUGAAGGAGCUCGUCUGCGACGCAUACGAGAAUGGGCGGCUGAUCGCGGUGGUCCCUUUCGUCGCCAAGGUGCUCGACGCGUGCUCCACGUCGCGCGUCUUCCUGCCGCCCAACCCGUGGGUGCCCGACCUCAAGCUCAAUCUCAAGUUCGAGAUCGAGGUGCUCGCGAAGACGCUAAAGGUCGAGCUCGCCGACAUCUCGCCGACGCGCACGCUCUGCCACCGGCAGCAGGACCGCGCGCAGACUUGCGACUUUGCCAACCGCGCCGGCCCCGCCGCGCUCAACGCCCCGGGCGGCGGCGGCUUCGGCGGCUUCUCCGGCUCGGCGCCCGCCUUCUCGCUGCCCGGCACGGACGGCCCCCUCCCGUCGGCGCCCGCCGCGUUUGGCUCGCAGCUGCAGCCGCAGGGGCUGCAGCAGCCGCCGCCGCCGCCGCCGCCGCAGCCCGGCAUGGGCGGCUUCGGCGCAGCGCCAUCGGCGGCCGCGCAGUACAGCGGCCCGCCCGGCUUCUUCCAGCAGCAGCAAGCGCAGCAGCAGGCGCAGCAGGCGCAGCAGCAGGCGCAGGCGCAGCAGCAGCAGGCGGCUGCCGGGGCGCAGCAGCAGGCCGCGGCCCAGGCGGCCCAGCAGCAGGCGCAGCAGCAGCAGCAAGCUCAGGCGCAGCAGCAGCAGCAGCAAGCGCUCGGUGCGCAGGGAGGCGGCGCCGCGGCGCUCGCGGCGCUCGGUGCGGCGGCUGACGCGGACACCGUCAUUCCGAAUUUGGCGUCCUACGUGCAGAUCAACCCCGCGCUCUUCUCGCAGCAGCCGCAGCUCAAGCGGGUGGUGCCGCUCGCUCUCGACCGCGCUAUCCGCGAGAUCAUUUCGCCCGUCGUCGAGCGUUCCGUCACCAUUUCGUGCGUGACGACGCGCGAGCUGAUGCUCAAGGACUUUGCGAUGGAGCCCGACGAGAUGCGGAUGCGCAAGGCGGCGCAGCUGAUGGUGUCCAACCUGGCGGGCUCGCUCGCCCUCGUCACGUGCAAGGAACCGUUGCGCGUCGCUUGCUCCAACCACAUGCGCGCAUUGCUGCAGCAGGCGGGCUCUCUGGACGUGCAGCUGAUGGAGCAGCUGGUGCAGGUCUGCUCGUCGGACAAUCUCGACCUCGGCUGCACGCUGAUCGAGAAGGCGGCGACCGAAAAGGCGGUGCGCGACGUCGAGGAGGCCCUCGCGCCCGCCUUCGCCAUCCGGCGCAAGCACCGCGAGCAGACCGGCCUGCCCUACUACGACAUGUCCAUUUUCACGUCGGGCCGCUACCCGACCGGGCUGCCCGAGGCGCUCCGCCCAAAGCCGGGCGGGCUCCUGCCGACGCAGCGGCGCGUCUACGAGGACUUUGGGCGCAUCCCGCGCGGCGUGGCGGCGGCGGCGCCCCCGCCGCAGCAGCAGGCGGGCAUCCCCGGCAUCGGAGCGGCGGCCACCGGGCCCGCGCAGCCACCGCAGCCGCCGCAGCCGCCGCAGGGCGCCGCCGGCCAGUUUGGCGGGCUGGGCGGGCUGAGCGGUGACGGCGGCGGCGGCGGCAGCGGCGGCGCGCUCGCGCUCGGCCGCGCGCCGCAGGCCAGUGGCGCCGGCUCGCUGCCCGGUCUCGGCAGCGCGGCCGCCGGCAUGCCGCCCGGUUUCCCCGCCGCCGGCGCGCAGCACGGGGUGGGCAUGCUUCCGGGCAGCGCGCCGGCGCAGGCGGGCGGCGGCGUCGGCGGCGCGGCGAGCGGCGCGCUUUCGCAGGCCGAGGCGCUCGAGCGGCUCUCGCUCAUUCUGGCGCAGCUCGACUUGCACGUCAGCCAGCUGGCACCGCAGGGCGUCGGGAUGGGGGCGCUGCCCGCCAGCCAUGAGGUGCACGCGCUGCUCGCGCGGGUGGCCGAGUGCGUCACGUAUUGUGCCUCUCGCGACGAGGUUGCCCUCGCGAUGGCGGGCAACGUCUUCAAGCGCAUGUACGAGCAGGCGGCCAACGCGGGCGCCGCGGCGCGGCUCGCCACGCAGAUCAACGUGUCGGUGCUCGCGCGCGUCGGCUCCGCCUGCAAAAAGGUGUCCGCCUUUGUGGCUGACAUGCUCCUGUACGCCGGCGACGACGAGCGCAAGCUACAUGAGGAGAUCGUGCUCUCGCUCCUCCUCGCGCAGGUGGUCGCGAUGACCACCCUCUCGCCGCGCCUCGCCAAGCACCUCACCACCUCGCGCUCGCCGCACGCGGUCGCCUUCAGCGCGUGGCUGGUGCGGCGCACGAUGCUCGACGAGCCGCUCGUCGCGGCGACCGACGCCAAGGAGCUGUUGGGCGCGCUCGCCGCCCUCGCGCAGCAGCCGAACCCGCCCGAGGGCCUGCUGCGCCUGCUCGAUGACCUCCGCACCGCGCUCGCGCAAGGCGGCGCGCAGGGCGGGCGGCUGCCCAAGCCGCCGCCGCCCGCCGCCGCCGCCGCCGCGCCCGCCGCCGCCGCGCCGCCGCCCGCCGCGGCAGCGGCCGCUCCGCGCCGGCUUCCCCCCGCGGAGCCACCGGACGCCGCGCUCUCACACGCGCGCGAGCAGCUCGCGCCGCUCUGGGCAGAGUGGCUCUCGCUGUGCGGCCAGCAGGGCGCCAACGAGCGCGGCUUCGUCUCGCAGCUGCAGGCGGCGGGCUGGCUGCGGCAGGACGAGCAGGGGGAGCGUUUCCUGCGUGUGACGACGGAGCUCGCGAUCGCCGCCGCGCACGCCGACGGCUCGGCCGACGGCGGCACGCGGUUGCCGCUCGCGUUCGGGCCACUCGACGCCUACUCGAAGUUGGUCGUGCUCAUCCUCAAGUCGCUGACGCCCGAGCCGACGCCGUCGGGCGCGCGCGACACGACCCCCGCGGCGACGGCUGCCACGGCGCGCGCGCAGCUGGCGGCGCUCGUGCGCGUGCUCUCCGCUGUCGUCGCGCACCUCGCACGCUCGCACGCGCACCACGCUUGCGGCGCGCGCCAGCACGAGCCGCGAGCAGGCUUGCUGACUUCAUUCGUGGAUGACUCGGUGUGCGUCCGUCUAGGUGCCCACCAUCACGAGCCUCCGCCCGGCGCUCCGCCGACGCCGCCCUUCAACCAGCGCGCGUACUUGCGCCUCUUUGGCAACUGGCUGCUUGAGCUGGCGGCGCCCGACCCGGCGCUCGACACGCUUCAGCCACAAAUGCUCUACGCUUUCGCCGCCGCCUUCGAGGCGCUCCGCCCGUCCCGCGUCCCCGGUUUCGCUUUUGCGUGGCUCGAGCUCGUCUCGCACCGCUCCUUCAUGCCAAAGCUGCUGCUCGCGCCGGGGCGCAAGGGGUGGCCGCGGCUGCAGAAGCUGCUCGGGCACCUCUUCUCCUUCCUCUACCCCAACCUCACCGCGCCGCGCCUCUCCCCGCCCACGAAGCACUUGUACCGCGGCGCGUUGCGCGUGCUGCUCGUGCUGCUGCACGAUUUCCCCGAGUUUCUGUGCGACUACCACCUCGCGUUGUGCGACGCCAUCCCGCACACUUGCGUGCAGUUGCGCAACCUCGUCCUGUCCGCCUUCCCGCGCCACAUGAUGCUGCCUGACCCCUUCACGCCCAACCUCAAGGUCGACCUCCUCCCCGAGUCGUCGCAGCCGCCCACCGUCCUCUCGCCCUACACGGCCGCCCUCUCCGCCGCCGGCAUCCUCGAGCCGCUCGACGCUUUCCUCAAGGGGCGCGGGCCGCGAUCGCUGCUGCAGGACUUGCGUCAGCGCCUUGUCGGGCCGGACGGCGCCCACCGCGUCGCCGCGAUCCACGCGCUCGUGCUGCGCGUCGGCGUGCUCUCGUUCCUGGCGGGCGAGCUCGGCCCUGAGGGGCGGUACUUGCUCCUCAACGGGUUGGCCAACCAGCUGCGCUACCCGAACAACCACACGCACUACUUCUCGUGCGUCCUCCUCUACCUGUUCUCGGAGGCGCGCGACGAGCCGCUGCAGGAGCAGAUCACGCGCGUCCUCGUUGAGCGGCUGAUCGUGCACCGGCCGCACCCGUGGGGGCUGCUCAUCACCUUCAUCGAGCUCAUCAAGAACCCGCGGUACGAGUUUUGGGCAAAGAACUUUACGCGCUGCGCUCCCGAGAUCGAGCGGCUCUUCGAGUCGGUCGCGCGCUCGUGCAUGGCGGGCGCGGCGCCCACCCCGGGCGGCUCGUCCGAGGCGGUGGCCUAGCUGCCGUCGCCUCGCAGGCUGGGGGGGGGGGGGGGUUGGUUCAUGGGGGGGUCUCAUGUGUCGCGCCGCUGCCCUACGUGUCGCACAGCGCGCCGAUGAGCGGUGAGGAGAGCGGUGACGGGAGCGUCCGCCACGCCCACGGCCGGGUUUUGCUUUGGGGCGUGUUGAGCGUUAAGGUAUAACUAUGUAUGUCU